UGAGUUCCAUUGCAUGUUGGAGUGGACACACAUCGCUGCAUGCAUCCUCAAGGGCCUGUUUGCCCUUGUAGCCUACCUCACAUGGGCCGACGACACAAAAGAGGCCUAUAUGAUGAUGAAGCAGCUCCUUCUUCUUCUUAUUAACAACAACAACAACGACAAUAAUAAUAAUAAUAACAAUAAUAAUAAUAAUAAUAAUAAUUAUUAUUAUUAUUAUUUGCUUAUCUUCAGUAAGAUCUUUUUAUCUUGUUUAGGGUCAUUCUGGAUCUGGAGCCUAUUCCAGGAACACUGUCAGCGAGGCAGGAAUACACUGUGGCUGGAACACCAAUCCAUAGCAGAUUAUUAUUAUUAUUAUUAUUAUUAUUAUUAUUAUUAUUAUUAUUAUCAUCUUGUCUGUUUGUUAUAUUACAUACAUGUGUAACAUGUAUUUCAAUCCAUGCAGGCCUAAAAUAUGUAUGGACUUAACUUAGGCUGAGGACACAUGGGAUACUGGUGACACAUCCUCACCACCUUUAAUCACAGCUUAGUCAUAUAAAAAAAAAAUUAUACUAUUGCAGCUCGCAGCAGAAACAGAUCCAAAUGCUUUCUAAAAAUAUCAGUUUAGCCCUACUUGCUGUGUUUAGCUUAGUUUGGUUUGGUUUGGUUUAACUUAACACAGCAAGAGCAAGUUUCUAGUAGGUUUGCUGCCAACCUGUACUGUGAAUUUAUUUAUAGAAAGUUACAAUUGUUAUCUUGUGGCAUAUAUGCGAGUGAAGCUCUGUAACAGCUCUAGCAAUCAUUAUAUUAGCCAAUCUAAUCAGCAUAAGAAAUCACACUCUUGGUGUAUCUUCAUUUCAUUUGAAUUUCAUUUUCUGUGAAGUUUGACAGCAACUUGGUAAGUAGAACAUUUCGUGCUAGUAAGUUUAUUAUCUCAUAAUAGUUUUAUGUACACAUGGGCUAUAACUUUCUAUUAAAUUUCUUGUUUUAAGGGUUGGUGAUCUUGGACAAGGAUAAAACCCUGGCCGUGGUGGUGAUGACCCAACAACUUAACCACUGCUCAACAGGCUAGGCAGGACUCAAUUGCAGAGAAACUCCUGGAGACAGAGAUGGGGGAAUAAAACAGAAAAAAAUCUUUACUUCAGAAAGAAUCACCAAAAAAGCAAACAGAGAUACAAAGACAGACCAACAAUAAAACAGAUUUGAACAACAAAUCAGGAGCAGGUGAAAACAAUAACAAAGGUUAACAGGCAAAUGAGAAAAAAAAAAAACAGAAAACACAAAGGCACAAUGUCUCCCAGAGAAGGGACUCCAACCUCGGGCUCCUGCUCCAGGAACAGCAAGGGCUGGUACCCAAACUCUGACCCGAACCUGGGUGCGUAUGGAGGCAGGGACAAAAAGUCAAUUGGGAGGACCUCCUGGCUCUAGGGGGCGUCCCAGUAGAAGAGCAGCAUAGAGUUUUGUGCAUGUACUUUGCCCACAGGAGGUAGGUGCUCCAGGAGCUUGAGUUAGUAAAUGCCUGGCAGCAAAGAGUUGUCUCCAGGUCCGGUUCAACCUCUCUUUUUGGCCAUUGAACUUGGGAUGGAAACCAGUGGAGAGGUAGGCCGACACCCUGAUCAGCUGCCAGAACACCUGCCAGAACUGAUAGGUAAACAGUGGCCCCUGAUCAGACACUGGGACUUGUGGGAGACCAUAGACUUGGAAAACAUACAUACACAUUAGUUCAGCAGUGACUUGAGCAGAGGGGAGUUUAGGUAAAGGGAUCAAAUGGCAUGCUUUGGAUAAUCUAUCAAUUACCACAAGAAUGACAGAAUAACUUUGAAUGGUGUGUAGUCCUGUUAUGAAGUCUAUUGAUAUGUGGGACCAUGGUCUAUUGGGGAUGAAUAGUGGUACAAGCAGCCACAAAACUCUGUGUAUCUGCUUCCAUGCUGGGCCACCAAAAGCACCUCUUGAUGAAGUCUAGGGUCAGCGUAGCACCUGGAUGACCAGUGAGGUGAGAACCAUGCCCCCUUUGCAGUACCUGGGUGUGUACAGAGGCAGGGACAAAAAGUCAAUUGGGAGGACCUCCUGGCGCUAGCUUUUGCUGCCUGGAUGAACAUCUCAAUUCCCCAGCGAACUGGGGCUUCAGUGAUGGAACUAGGGACAAUGGGUUUGGGGUCUCAGGUUAGCUCUGGUGGUUGAAAUAGUCUGGAAAGGGGUCCAGCUUGAGGUUCUUGUAACCAGGAUGGUAGAAGAGGGUAAACUGGAAUCUGUUGAAGAACAGAACCCACCUGGCCUGAUGGGGGUUUAAUCUCUUGGCCUGCUAGAUAUAUUCGAGAUCCUUGUGCUCAGUCCACAAAGUGAAUGGUGUCAGUGAGACCAACCGCUGAGAUAGCAUCCCUCCAACACCCACCUCUGAAGCGUCCACCUCCACUGUGAAGGGGAGGGCAGAGUCAGGCAUGACAAUGACUGGAGCUGAAAUGAAGCGCCUCUUGAGCUUGGAGAAGCCCUCCUCUGCUUUGGAGGUCCAGAUGAACCUGGAGGAAGAUUUAUUAGUCAGGGCUAUGAGAGGAGCCACUACAGAGAUGAAACUGUGGAUAAACUAAAUUUGCAAAGCCCAGAAAGUGCUGAACUUCUUUCACAGAAGAGGGAGUAGUGCAGCCUCUGACUGCCUUAGUCUUCUUGGGGUCCAUUUGGAGACUGUGUUUAGAGACAAUAAACCCCAAGAGGGAGACCUCUGUGGCAUGGAACUCACACUUCUCUGGCUAUACAUACAAGUGGUUCCUCAGGAGGUGUUGGAAAAUAUGAGGAUGUCAUCCAAGCAUGUCACACAGGAUGUCAUUGAUGAGUGCCUAUAAGACCGACAGGGAAUUUGUCAGGCUGAACAGCAUGACCAGCUACUCACAGUGGCCUGCUGGGGUGUUGAAUGCAGUCUUCCACUCAUCUCCAUCCUUGAUGUGGACCAGGUGGUUGGAGUUACUGAGGUCCAUUUUUGUAUACACUGUGGCUCCUUGCAGUAGCUCAAAAGCUACGGAGACAUGAGUGGGGAUCCUACUCAAGCAAUAACCCAGUGGACCACUCUAUGUGAGGGUUAUAGCAGCUUAGCCACAGGAGGCCCAGGACAAUAGGAAACUCAGGAGAAUAAAUAAGGUGGAACUGCAACUUCUUUUGGUGGUUAUUGAUGGACAGGCAUACAGGAGUGGUGAAGUGGUGGACACUACCAUUGACCAGGGGUCUUCCAUCCAGGGCAGUAACUGUUAAGAGCAGCUCAAGGUUGAUCAGGGGGAUUUGGAGAUGGACAAGUCUAUGAAGUUGCCGGUAUGCCAGAGUCCUUGCUUGGCCAGUGCUGUCACGUGUCUUCCCAUUGUGGCCUCUUGAUUGGUCAAUGCAAUGUGAAGCCAAUCGAGGACAGUGGUCUCUGGGGAGUUCUGCUCUGCUGGGUCCAUUUUACUGGCUCUUGCCUUAAGGGUUGACGACCCUAGACGGGAAUUGAACCCUGGUCAACAGAUUCACAUUCAAAUGAAUAAAAAACUAAGGUGAUCUGUGGAGCUGAGGAAGCCAAUUGCGUUUUUGUGGCGUUCCACUCAAGCAGUGCACCUUCGGUGCUUGGCCUCUAAUACAAAGAUUAUGAAGCAAACUAUGUUGGCCAAGCCAACAUAACAGCAACACAACAAUAAUAAACAAUCACAAACUUGAAUUUACUGUUUCUUUUUUUUUAAGGUAAAGGGAAGUCGCUGAAGUCAGUGUUGGGGACUGUGUCUAGAUCAGCAACCCCAGAUGGCUCCCCAGGAUCCCCAAUGCCAUCCACUACAGCAGCAAAAAUAACAAUGUUCUCAGAAUCCUCUGUCUCAUCAGCCUCCUACCAGUGGCCUGGUAAAGCAGCAACUGCACUGGAUACCACCAUACCAUAAGAAUCUUCUGUAGAUUCUGAUAAAUGUGUAACAUAAGGCUGGAAUGGCAAAAAUAAGUAUGUGCUGGUAGCAAAGACAAGGGCCAUUCAACCUCUAUCUGGCAUUUAUUGUACUGUUCCAAACAGGCAGCUUAAAAGUGAGGUCCAGCAAAUCAGUAGUCAAGGCCAAGAUGUGGUUGGUUACUACUUUCCUCCUGAUGGCUGUAACACAGACACAUGCAGACUAUUCUUCAUUGCAAGCUGUUCUGUCACAGAAGGGAUUGCAAAAAGUAUCUCACUGGAUGACUGACUGGCUUCAGAAUGAAAUGAGUAAAAUUACUCUCCCAGAUGUCAGCGGGAGUGUCGAUAUUUUUUUGGGCUUGGUUCACUAUGUCCUGCAUGACAUGCAUGUCGUGCGCUGUGAUUUGCCAGAACCCUCAGUAGCCUUUUCAGAGGGAACAGGUGUAUCUCUGCAAGUGAACGGACUCUCCCUCGCCAUCAAUGGUCUCUGGAACACACAGUUUGGCAUUAUUCAUGAUUCGGGUUGGUUCGAUCUGGCUAUAUACACCAUCAAUUUCAACACACUGCUGGAGUUUCAGAGCACUGAAGAGCACCUUUCCAUUUCAAGUGUCAUGUGUUCUGCUGAUGUGGGAAGUGUUCAAGUACAUUUCCAUGGUGGUGCAAGUUUCUUCUUCCAACCAUUUGUAGAAAAGUUCAGUGGACGCAUUAAAAAUAUGAUCCAAGAAAGGAUAUGUCCAGGAUUUCAGGAAGGAAUUGAAAAUAUCGACAAAGAUCUGGCUGCAUCUGAUAACAUAAAGAUGGAUCCUUACGUGUAUUUGAAUGUUUCUCUGACUGACUCGCCUGCUGUUUUUGACAACGGAUUUGAAUUGUAUAUAAAGGGCGAAUUUUACAGUCUCAGCUCUCCUUCUGAGCCACCAUUUUCCCCCAACCAUUUUGAGCUGCCAUGGAAAGCAGACUACAUGCUGUCAGUGGGUAUGUCUGAGUUCUGUGUAAACUCAGCAGCAUUUGCCUAUCUUAAUUCUGGAGUGUUGAACAUCACCAUCACAGAUGACAUGAUCCCCAAGUCCUCUCCCAUCCACCUGAACACAAGCCAGUUUGGAAGCCUGAUUCCUCAGCUCCCCAAGCUGUAUCCAGACAUGGAGAUGGAAGUAGUGCUGUAUGCCAGUGAUACCCCUCUCAUUUCCUUAAAUCAAACAGUGAUCAAUGUUAACUUGUCUGCUUCAGCCAAAUUCUAUGCUGUCAAGACAAACACUGAUUUAGUCCCCCUCUUCAGACUGGAUAUGCAAUAUUCUUUUAAUGCUAAAGUCCGCAUUGACGAUCAGCUGCUGAAGGGUGUUUUGGAAUUGAACAAUUUGAUCAUAGUGCUUGGAUCUACAGAGAUUGACAAAUUCGACACUACACCAUUUCAGACUAUGGUGAAGCUAGCAUUGAACAGCUUUGUCCUUCCCAAGCUGAAUGCCCAGUUGAAGGAAGGCCUUCCACUGCCACGUGUGAAGGGUUUCAGCCUGACUAAUUCAGUGAUGACCAUUGAAAACGGAUUUUUGGUUGUUGCAACAGACAUCAGUAGUCCCUUUGACUUCCUGCAGUCAGACAAACUUUGACCUCUGGACAUAUUCGUAUAAUGAUAAAUAAGGCUUACCCGGUAUCACUAUCGUGAGGAGAAACCUUCUUGAGUUUGCCGUUGAUGUGGCAGCCAGGUUUCACUUUAACAGUUUUUUUUUUUUUAAUAAUUUCUGAAACAAAUACACUGUCAAGUAAUCAUUUACAAACUAGUUUGCUGUAUGCGUUGAUUCUAAACUAUUUUUUGAUUAUCCUUACGUGUCAAAUCAGCCUGUUGAUUCUUUAGUGUUUUUUUUUUUUUUAUGCUGUGGACUGUUCAAUCACAAGCUAGCCAUAAAUUGCUCUUUUAAUUUCCAAUUGGUUCAUUGUUCUUUCCAUUAUUCAUUUUAUAUGGUAUGUUUUGUAAGGUGGACCAGAGAUCCUCGAUUAUUGCCUAUGACUAUUUUAAUGCGUGGCAUAGUUAUCCAAAUUAAUUGUCACUUGCUUGCAACUCAACUUUCCACAGAAAUGAAUUGCAUGAAUAACAUUAAAAGGAAUGUAUCUAUGGCA